GGAAGUGGCCGACCUGAAGCUCUGGCGGCUCAGUCCGUCGGCCCGUCGGUCCGCUCGUCCGCUGCCGGUGCCGAGCGCGCCUAGGCCGUAGUCGCUGUCCCUCCGUGUCUCCGGCCCGAAGCGGCGGCCGGGCGCUCACCAUGUCGUCGUUCAUCUGGGUGCAGCUGAAGAAGACGUCGGAGGUGGACCUGGCCAAGCCGCUGGUGAAGUUCAUCCAGCAGACGUACCCGAGCGGCGGCGACGAGCAGGCCCAGUACUGCCGUGCGGCCGAGGAGCUCAGCAAGCUGCGGCGCACGGCGCUCGGCCGCCCGCUCGACAAGCACGAAGGCUCGCUGGAGACGCUGCUGAGAUAUUAUGAUCAGAUUUGUUCCAUUGAACCCAAGUUCCCAUUUUCUGAAAAUCAGAUCUGCUUGACAUUUACGUGGAAGGAUGCUUUUGAUAAAGGUUCCCUGUUUGGAGGAUCUGUAAAAUUGGCUCUUGCAAGCUUAGGAUAUGAAAAGAGCUGUGUGUUGUUCAAUUGUGCUGCCUUAGCUAGCCAGAUUGCACAAGAGCAGAACCUGGAUAAUGAUGAAGGAUUGAAAACCGCUGCUAAGCAGUACCAGUUUGCUAGUGGUGCCUUUUUACAUAUCAAAGACACAGUUUUAUCUGCCUUAAGUCGAGAACCUACUGUGGACAUAUCUCCAGAUACUGUUGGGACCCUCAGUCUUAUUAUGCUGGCGCAAGCUCAAGAAGUAUUUUUCUUAAAAGCCACACGAGAUAAAAUGAAAGAUGCCAUCAUAGCUAAACUGGCAAACCAGGCUGCAGAUUACUUUGGUGAUGCCUUCAAACAGUGUCAGUACAAAGACACUCUCCCCAAGGAGGUAUUUCCCACCCUGGCUGCCAAGCAGUGUAUUAUGCAGGCCAAUGCUGAGUACCACCAGUCCAUCCUGGCCAAGCAGCAGAAGAAGUUUGGGGAAGAGAUUGCAAGGUUGCAGCAUGCAGCAGAACUGAUUAAGAAUGUGGCCUCUCGCUAUGAUGAAUAUGUCAAUGUGAAGGAUUUUUCUGACAAAAUCAGCCGUGCCCUUACUGCAGCAAAGAAGGAUAAUGAUUUCAUUUAUCAUGACCGCGUUCCAGACCUUAAAGAUCUGGAUCCUAUUGGCAAAGCCACCCUUGUGAAACCCACCCCAGUCAAUGUACCCAUCAGCCAGAAGUUCACAGAUUUGUUUGAGAAGAUGGUCCCUGUGUCUGUGCAGCAGUCCCUGGCUGUGUUUGGUCAGAGGAAAGCUGACUUGGUUAACAGAUCAAUCGCUCAAAUGAGAGAAGCCACUACUUUGGCAAAUGGGGUAUUGGCUUCCCUCAAUCUUCCAGCAGCAAUUGAAGAUGUGUCUGGAGACACUGUACCUCAGUCGAUACUUACCAAGUCUGCAUCUGUAGUUGAACAGGGUGGCAUCCAGACUGUCGACCAGCUGAUAAAGGAACUACCCGAGCUACUACAAAGAAAUAGAGAAAUCUUAGAGGAGUCUCUAAGAUUGCUGGAUGAAGAAGAAGCAACUGAUAAUGACUUAAGAGCAAAAUUCAAGGAACGCUGGCAAAGGACUGCAUCCAAUGACCUCUACAAGCCUUUACGAGCAGAGGGAUCCAAAUUCAGAGCGGUUUUAGAUAAAGCUGUGCAAGCUGACGGGAACGUAAAAGAGCGUUACCAGUCCCAUCGCGACACCAUCGCCCUUCUGUGUAAGCCGGAACCUGAGCUGAAUGCUGCCAUCCCUUCUGCUAAUCCAGCAAAGACCAUGCAGGGCAGCGAGGUUGUAAAUGUGUUAAAAUCCUUAUUGUCAAAUCUUGAUGAACUAAAGAAGGAAAGAGAGGGUCUUGAGAAUGACCUGAAGUCAGUGAAUUUUGACAUGACAAGCAAGUUUUUGACAGCUCUGGCUCAGGAUGGCGUGAUAAAUGAGGAGGCUCUUUCUGUCACUGAGCUGGAUCGGAUCUAUGGUGGUCUAACAGCUAAAGUCCAAGAGUCUCUGAAGAAACAGGAGGGACUUCUAAAAAAUAUCCAGGUCUCACACCAAGAAUUUUCUAAAAUGAAGCAGUCUAACAAUGAAGCUAACUUGAGAGAAGAAGUUCUGAAGAACUUGGCAACUGCAUAUGACAAUUUUGUUGAACUUGUAGCUAACUUGAAGGAGGGCACAAAGUUUUACAACGAGCUGACUGAAAUCUUGGUCAGGUUCCAGAAUAAAUGCAGUGACAUAGUGUUUGCACGGAAGACAGAGAGAGACGAGCUCUUGAAGGAUCUGCAGCAGAGCAUUGCCAGAGAGCCCAGCGCUCCUUCCAUCCCUCCUCCGGCUUAUCAGUCCCCCCCUGCUGGGGGACACGCCACAGCGCCUCCAACUCCAGCUCCAAGAACCAUGCCGCCUGCGAAGCCUCAGCCUCCAGCCCGGCCUCCACCUCCUGUGCUUCCAGCAAACCGAGUCUCCUCUGCUGCUGCUGCUCCCACAGGGGCAGGGGCUGCUUCACCAGCACCGCCACAGACCCCUGGGUCUGCUCCCCCUCCACAGGCUCAGGGACCACCAUAUCCUACCUAUCCAGGAUAUCCUGGGUAUUGCCAAAUGCCCCUGCCCCUGGGCUACAACCCCUACGCAUAUGGCCAGUACAACAUGCCGUAUACACCGGUAUACCACCAGAGCCCCGGACAGGCUCCAUACCCAGGACCCCAGCAGCCUACCUACCCCUUCCCUCAGCCCCCGCAACAGUCUUACUAUCCACAGCAGUAAUGCUGCCACAUGCCGGCGGGUUCAGAUCAGAGGGACAGGACAGCAGCUGCCGUCAGUGUUCUAAGCCAUGUUCUGGUCACUCAAGAGUACUUUGCUCUACCAGUUGCCGUGGAUAAUUUCUGUCUGUGGCUAAAAGCUGAAGUCUGGGCCCCACUUCCACAUUUGAUCGCACUUGUGAGAUUUUGCUGCUGUUGCAGUAUAAACACUAGGUAUAAUAGCAUUUGAAAAAAAUUACAGUUCAUAAAACAUUGCAAAUGAGAAAUUAAACCUGCAAGUGAAACAUUUGAAAUUAGCGUACUUUAUAAGAUGUGGUUGGAACAAAGAUGGCUUAAGUACUGAUAUUCAAGAAAAAGUUUUCUCUUUUGGUUUAUUGAUUUAGUUUAAUUUCUAUUAUGAUAUUUUGCAUAAUCAAGGCAUUGUAAAUCUUAUAAUUUAAAAAUAAAUUACUUAAGAACA